CUUUAGAAUGCAUUUUGAAAACUUGUAAAACAAUUUUGUACUUAAGAUGUGUGGAAGAGAAUAGUGCAUGUAAUACUGUUUACAUGGCUUCGUGACUACAGCCCUCUGCUUCAUGAGUGGAACCAAGAAAACCUUAGAACCGAAACGCCUCUCUGAAAAAACAGACUAACAAGAUGUUUUAUGAGGGUAUAUCAGGUUAUACAAAAUAAUGUUUUUGUUUGCUACCGAUAACAUACCGAUGUGGGGUCAGUGAUACGCUGGAGACAUUGGCAUUUACCUGUGCUGUUGGUAUCGGUACGGGAUAUCUGUAUUAUACUACUUACUUGAGACGCGUAUGGAAUAUAGCCAAUUACCUAGGUACGCAUUGGUGCCAUCUUUAACGAUUUUAAUCAUAUUUGUAUUUUGAAUCACGGUUGAAUGUUUAGUUUAUCUUUUUCUGAAAAUGAAUUUAUCGCAGUGAAUAAUCAAAUCGAUGUUUGCGAACGUACAUUUUGAUUCGCCAUUAAACAAUUCAAACACGUCUUGUGGUCUAAAUAGGGGCUUACACUAGUGGAAUCCAGUUUGCGCCAACAGAAGACUUAUUCGUGAAAUGUGCACGCCAUAUCGUUAAGCUUAUACGAUUGCUCCGGUGUGAAAGACUACGUUUGCCAAUAAAGCGUUGGAUACAGUAUAAACGGCGAUGAAAGAUUCUGCCAGAAUGAGCGGUGGUAACUAUGGCUCCGUCGGGCGCUACCUUCUCUUCGCCACCAUAUUCAUCUGUAUAGCUAUCGCCGGUGUCGGAGUAGGACUGGGCGUUUAUAUUCACAGUGUGUCUGAAAAACUAUCACCAGACUGUUCAGGAUCUUCAUUAACUGGACAAACGGCAACAACAACUGUCCCACAGACCUCAACAGUGCCCACGUCAUCAAAUGUAUUUGUGUCGUCAUCAAAAGAGGGGUUCUACCGAUAUGGAGCUGUGGCAUCUGAUGCAGGGAUUUGCUCGACUGUUGGCACAGACAUUAUGGCCCGACAGAGUGGCUCCGCUGUAGAUGCCGCUAUUGCAGCCCUCCUGUGUCAGUGUGUACAGAAUCUGCACAGCUGUGGCAUAGGUGGAGGCCAUUUCAUGACCGUAUAUAACAGAGAAAACAACACAGCGUAUACAAUAAUCGCCCGGGAGAUGGCGCCUAGUGCAGCUAAUGAGAACAUGUAUGUUGGAAACCAAUCAUCAACUGAGGGUGGUAUGACAGUUGGAAUACCUGGAGAAAUCAAGGGAAUGUACACUGCGUGGAAGCUUGGAGGAAAACUACCAUGGAAAACGUUAUUCCAACCAACAAUACGUCUGCUCCGAGACGGUAUGCCUGUAAACAGUGCUCUCGCUUUAGCCAUCCAACGCAACGGUCGUUUCUACCCACGACAAGAAAACCUCAGGCAGUUGCUUACCAACCCCACGACUGGUUUCUUCUUUAAAGAAGGGGAAAUAAUGAAGCUGCCCACCCUUGCAGCAACAUUUACUACAAUAGCUGAUGAAGGUCCUGACGCUUUCUAUAACGGCAGUCUUAGCCAGAACAUCGUUAAAGACAUUCAGGACGCAGGAGGUAUAAUCACGGAAAAGGACCUAUUGGACUUCACAGCAGUGGUCAAGGAACCGUUGGUCAUCAGGCUCACUGACAAUUCAUCCGUCUAUUCCCCACCGCCACCCUCCAGUGGAGCAGUCUACGAAAUGAUCCUAAACAUCGUGGAUGAAUUCGGGAUGAGCAACGACAGCAUAUCUACACCACAGAAAGAAAUACUUGCCUGGCAUAGGAUAAUAGAGGCGUUCAAGUUUUCCUACGCCAAACGGUCCAGUCUGGGGGAUGGAGAUGGUGAAGACGACGCCUUCCGAACGGAACUAAAUGUGCUGCUGAAAAACAUGACGUCAAAGAGCUUUGCGGCCUACGUACGAUCUCAGAUUGACGACGAUCGAACCCAUAACACAAUGUAUUACGGUCCUACGUUUUAUGAUGUCACAAAGACGAGCACUGCCCAUCUGUCAGUACUGGCCCCCAACGGAGACGCGGUGUCUGUCACAAGUACCAUUAACCUACAUUUUGGUUCUAAAGUUGUGGGAUCUAGAACGGGUAUUAUUUUUAAUAACGAAAUGGACGACUUCUCCACUCCAAACACAACAAACUCUUUUGGCGUUCCGGCUUCAGAGGCCAACUUCAUAAAACCUCUCAAGCGCCCUUUAUCCUCAAUGUGCCCGAGCAUAAUCACAGAUAGCAACGGAGUUGUCCGACUUGUUGUCGGUGCUUCUGGUGGAACUAAAAUAACUACGUCCACGGCAAUGGUAACGAUAGAAACGUUGAUGUUUGGACUGGACAUCAAGCAGGCCAUCGACCAUCGUCGGAUACAUCACCAACUGCUGCCAAAGGAACUAGCGGUCGAGAAGGGAUUCCCCGAGGAUAUUUUGGAUGGACUUCGCAGUAUAGGACACAACAUCACAUUAACCGACACUGCGGGUUCGGUGGUACAGGGAAUAUUACAGCGCCAUGAGGGGGAUAUAACCGCUAACUGUGACUUCCGCAAGUCAGGAUACCCGGACGGCUACUAAUACUAUCACAUACCCUCGAAAGGUGCCAUGUUUAUAUUUCAUUAUAUUUCACUGAAUAUGUACAGUACAAUCAUUUCUAUAUCUGUAUUACUUCUAGUUAGUAAAAUAAUGUCAAUAUGCUGUAAAGCAGUACAUCAUAAUGGUUGAUGAAAGUAAAAACUAUUUUUGAUAAGAUGCUUUAAUUUGUUAACAUAUACGUGAACAAAUGAACAUAUUGUGUUAUUUAAAUGAGUGAAAAUGCUCCCAAACGUGAAUAAUCAUGUAACUAAUAAAAUAAACCCGUUAGCAUUAUUGGUGAUAUUGCAUAGAAGUGUUUGCAUGAUAAUGUCCGCCGAGAGAGUGUGUUUGUCUUGAUGACAAUACAAAUUACAGUAUAUGUUCAUUAUAGAGUUAUCAGCAAUUCGGCAUUUGUACAUGUUUGAUAAUAGAAGCUACUAUGUCUUACUUAUUUCAUGAAGUGAAAUCCAUGUUUGCCGCAACAAUAUAUCAUCAACAGGGGAUUCACCGAAAUACACAUUCAUCAAUCAGUAGGCUUUAAAAUAAAAUAAAAAUGAAAU